AUGGCCUGUGCAGAGAUCCCCGCCGCUUACGGAACGGAAGCUGAGAAGCUUAGUGCGCUCUGGGUCGUCGUCACUACAGCAGUAGAACAGCUCAAUAUUUUAUCUUCCGAGUUCCCGAGAUUGCGCUCGCAGCUGGAUAGAUUAUCGAGCGAAGUGUGCUCACUGCGUUCACGUUUGGAGUCCUUUGAGGAGGACUUGGUGGAGUCCUUCACCGACGUCCACCAACGCCUAGAUUUGCUUCACUCGCAUUCUGCUCCUCAUGAUGUCGGUGAUCUGGGGCCCCAGACUACAGAUAUUAGCUUGGCCAAUGGAGCAUUGGCGAAGGCGGUGUGCUUUGCUCAGCUCCUCUGCCUCCAGGAAGACCCGGAAGAAGAACAGCAUGGAAACGAGCAAGAUGGCGAGGCAGGGGGAGUAGAUGAGGAAGCUGCGACACAGCAGCAGCCGCCGAAGCGAACCUACAAUCAGCACAACGGCCCGGUCUACACUGUCUACAUGGCCUUCCUCGAGCCCCUUGUCUUCGGCUUGGAGGCUGUGAGACUGUGGCGGCAUUCAACGAUCAGGGCGGUGCUAAUGGAAUCCAUUCCGGAGGACGAGCGCAAGCGCCGAACGUUGCCGCAAGUUCUGGGGGCAUCUGAAUUGUUGGACAAGACUCUUGGGGAUCUGGACGUGCUGGAGAUCUUCGCUGGCAUUGGUUCGAGCUUCUCCUUCCUCUGCAGCUCCGUCACGGGCCGCUGUGUCAUGCUGCCCGAAGGCCUUCAGGCAUCUCCGGUGGUUCGCAUGGGCAACUUAUUGGGCACUAGGAGUGUGCUGUUCAUCUACCUGGCCCGCGCCAUGGGUUUGACGUACCUGCUAGAACAACCGCAGCAUCAUACCACGGGCGGCUUAGCUUCUAUCCGGCUCUUCAAGGAGAUGUGCGCUGCUGGCAAGACAACGGUCACCGGUAUUCCAUCAAUGGUGCGAGCCACUCAGCCGCUGGGAUGCAGCUUCAGGGAAUACAGCCCGGAGUUCGCCGAAGCCGUCAUCCACACGUGGGCCGAGCGCUGCGAUGAUGAGCAACGCGAGGCUGAGCUACUUGCGGUCGUUCGGUGGAUGAAAGCAUCGGGCCGCUUGCAGCUGCCCGCGGCAUGGCCUGCGGAUUUUCCAUAG